UAUUUACUCUUUCAAUCAGUGCGAGUGUUUGCCCCUGGCCGGCGUGCACGCGCGGGUGAUGCGCUAGCCAUGAUCUCGCAGAAGCUGUCGUACGGCGACGUGCCGACGUCCGCGUCGCUGAGCUCGCUGUCGCCGGGCCUCGCGCCGCCCUACGUGAACAGCAUGGGCUGCAUGCCCGCGCAGCCCUACCCGAACCUGUACUCCAACAACAUGGUGGCCGGCGGCUCGUGCAUGGGCUCCCCGGGCGUCGGCUACUCGCCGCCGAGCACCAUGGCGUCCUGCAUGGGCGGCGCCGGCGGCGUGCCCUACGGCUCGCUCCCGCGCGAGCAGGAGGCCGCUUCGCCGACCUCGGCGCUCCAGCGUGCCAGGAACGAUAAGACCUACCGCCGCUCCUACACGCACGCGAAGCCCCCCUAUUCCUACAUCUCGCUCAUCACUAUGGCCAUCCAGAACAACCCGACGCGCAUGCUGACGCUCUCAGAAAUCUACCAGUUCAUCAUGGAUCUGUUCCCGUUCUACAGACAAAACCAGCAGCGCUGGCAGAACUCGAUCCGGCACUCGCUGUCUUUCAACGACUGCUUCGUGAAAGUUCCGCGGACGCCCGACAAGCCUGGGAAAGGGUCGUUCUGGACGCUGCACCCUGAUAGCGGGAAUAUGUUCGAGAACGGGUGCUUCCUGCGUCGUCAAAAGAGAUUUAAGGAUGAGAAGAAGGAGGUGAUAAGACAAGCGCAGAAAGCGACACACGGGCAUGGACAUCACGGGGGGCAUGAGAAGAGAGAUCACCAUGAUAAAGGCGGGGAGCUGCGCGCGGGCGGCGGGGGGGUCGGGGACGACAAGGAGAUGCGCGACGAGCUGCUGGCGCAGCUGCACGCGGCGCCGGAGCUGUGCCUGCCGGAGCACACGCCGCUGGCGCUGGAGCACUACGCGCAGCUGAAGCAGGAGCCGCCAGGGUACGCGCCCGCGCCGCACCCCUUCAGCAUCACGCGGCUGCUGCCCGGGGCCGACACCAAGUCCGACCUCAAGAUGUACGACGUCAACUACGGGUACGGGCACUCGGCGGAGAACUACUACCAGUCCUCGCUGUACCACCAUCACCACGCGCACGCGCAGCCGCCCUUGUGACAGUACCCGCUGGCGUAGGCCCGCCCCUGGGCCGGCGCCGACGCGCUCUAGCCGCGCAAGUGGCGAAAUCCGGGAGCCGACCGCACGUAAAGUGGCAGGUAACCGGGAGCCGGACUUGAAA